UAUAUAAUUCCCUUGCACUCCCAGUUAUUACAAAGUCACAACAGACCCAAACAUCAGCAUGACCAGCCAGUCCCAGGGAAUCCAGCAGCUUUUACAGGCAGAAAAACGUGCCAAAGACAAACUAGAAGAAGCCAAAAAGAGAAAGGGAAAGAGAUUGAAGCAAGCCAAAGAAGAAGCCAUAGCAGAGAUAGACCACUAUAGGUUACAGAGGGAGAGGGAAUUCAGGCACAAACAAUCUAAUAUAAUGGGAUCCCAAGGUAACCUCUCCACUAAAAUAGAAGAGCAAACAACAGAAAAAAUCCGAGACAUCACCAAUAGCUUCCACAAGUACAUGGAAAACGUAAUGAAACAACUUUUGAACAUGGUAUAUGACAUCAAGCCUGAAAUCCACCCAAACUACAGAGACACAGUUUAAAUCCCAUUGAUGUGUGCAUGUAUCAACAGAAGGCACACUGUUUUCCUAGUAACCCAAAUCAUCUUCUCCUUUAUGGGAUUGUCUGUAUGUGAAAGAGAAAUACUAAGCCCAAAGCACACUGCCACACACAAUGUUUUUGGGGGGAUAAAAUUCUACGAGGUUUCACAAGCAUUUGGUGGAAUGGAUUUGUUUUUCCUAUUGAUAGCUAUUACCCUGUCAUUUAAAUAGUAGAAAGCCGACAACAGCAGAAUAAGUGAUUAUUUGACACUGACAGCUUUUUAGUGGGUGUCUUUAUUUCUUUUCUUAUAUAAAAUGUUCUGUACUACUUGGUGUGUUGCAUGAAAUCAUUUGUCCCAAUCUUUAGUACAUUUAAAAUGAUCAGAUAUGUGAUAAUGUUUCAUUUUACUUAAAAUGAAAGAACUUCUCUCUUGUUUUGAGCAAAUGGACUGUGUUGGUUAUGGGGAUUAUAGGAGCAAACUCUUUCA